GGGCUGUUGAGAGGGUAACAAGGAGCUGUGACAGGUACCUUCCAGUGGUCUGAGCUGUGAGUGGCCAGUGGAAAGAGGCCCACUCAGGAAGCCAGCCCCGCCAUGAGUCUGUGGGAACUUGAAGAUUGCCACAGCUGCCAAGGGACCCCCCAGGCCGGCCCAGGAGCCCACCGCGGAGGAGGCGACAACUGCGGAGCUGCAGAUGAAAGUUGACUUCUUCCGGAAGCUGGGCUACUCCUCUGCUGAGAUCCACAGCGUUCUACAGAAGCUGGGGGUCCAGGCGGACACCAACACAGUGCUGGGCGAGCUGGUGAAACAUGGGUCAGCGGCGGAGCGGGAGCGCCAGGUGUCACCAGACCCCAGCCCUCAGCUUCCUCUGGUGCCCCGGGGUGGAGGCACCCCCAAGGCUCCCAUCCUGGAGCCCUCACCCCCCGAGGAGGACAAGGAGGGCAGUGACCUGAGGCCCGUGGUCAUUGAUGGGAGCAACGUGGCCAUGAGCCACGGAAACAAGGAGGUCUUCUCCUGCCGGGGUAUCCUGCUGGCGGUGAACUGGUUUCUGGAGCGGGGCCACACAGACAUCACAGUGUUUGUACCAUCCUGGAGGAAGGAGCAGCCUCGGCCUGACAUGCCCAUCACAGACCAGCACAUCCUGCGGGAACUGGAGAAGAAAAAGAUCCUGGUGUUCACCCCGUCGCGGCGCGUGGGUGGCAAGCGAGUGGUGUGCUAUGAUGACCGCUUCAUCGUGAAGCUGGCCUUCGAGUCCGAUGGCAUCGUGGUGUCCAAUGACACUUACCGGGACCUCCAGAGCGAGCGGCAGGAGUGGAAGCGCUUCAUCGAGGAGCGGCUUCUCAUGUACUCCUUCGUCAAUGACAAGUUCAUGCCCCCUGAUGACCCCUUGGGCCGGCACGGGCCGAGCCUGGACAACUUCCUGCGUAAGAAGCCGCUCACGGCGGAGCACAGGAAGCAGCCGUGUCCCUAUGGGAGGAAGUGCACCUACGGAAUCAAGUGCCGGUUCUUCCACCCGGAGCGACCGAGCCGCCCCCAGCGCUCUGUAGCUGAUGAGCUCCGGGCCAACGCCCUCCUCUCACCGCCCAGGCCCCCGAGCAAGGACAGAAGUGGCCGGCGGCCUUCACCUUCAUCUCAGCCUGGCUCUCUGCUGACAGAACGUGAGCAGCGCAGCCUGGACGGGAAGAAGCUGGGGCCCAGGCACCCUGGGAACACCGGGACGGGUCCGCCACAGACCUUCGCCCCAACGGGCAGGAGCCUCCCACCUAGUGGGGGCAGUGGCGGCAGCUUUGGGCCCUCUGACUGGUUCUCGCAGACCCUGGACUCCCUCCCAUACACCUCCCAGGAGUGCCUGGACUCGGGCAUCGGCUCCCUGGAGAGCCAGAUGUCAGAACUGUGGGGAGUUCGAGGAGGCAGCCCUGGUGAGCCAGGCCCACCUCGGGGCCCGUACGCUGGCUACCGUCCCUACGGGGCCGAGCUCCCAGCCACUCCGGCCUUCUCUGCCUUUGGCCGGGCCAUGGGUGCCGGCCACUUUAGCGUCCCUGCUGACUAUGCACCCCCGCCAGCCGCCUAUCCACCUCGAGAGUACUGGUCUGAGCCAUACCAGUUGCCCCAACCCACCCCAGUCCUGCAGGAGCCUCGGGUGCCGGGCCCAGGGACUGACAGGGGCCCCUGGGGUGGGGCGGGCAGCCUGGCCAAGGAGCGAGCCAGCGUGUAUACCAAGCUGUGUGGCGUCUUCCCCCCACACCUGGUGGAGGCCGUGAUGGGGCGCUUCCCGCAGCUCCUGGACCCCCAGCAGCUGGCCGCCGAGAUCCUCUCCUACAAGUCCCAGCACCUCAGCGAGUAAGCCAGCCCACCUGCAAGGGCAGCGCCUCCGGCCUCCAAGGGCUGCCAGGCCGGGCUUCAGGCCUUCGAGCAGCCCAGCCCCAGCCCCGAGGCCCACCCCAGAGGCUGGACAGAGGGAGGAUUAAAGUAGGAAAGGGAACCUACAAACCAAAGAUACUGUAGGAUUGGUUCUGGCCCCUCGGCACCUCUUGCCGUCUGCCCGAGGGGUCAGAAGUGAUCACCCUGUUGAUGCACAUUGUAUCUCUGUAGUUUAAAAAGAGACGCUGCCAGUAACGGCCAUCGGUCCAUGGCUGAGGCCCAAACCCUCCUUUCUCUCAGAGGGCGGGGAGGGAGGCAGGGGGAAGCAGAGGCCUGGGCUGGGGGCCCUGUGCACAGCCCCCCACCUCUGCCCUGUCCCUGGGAUGCUGGCCUUGGCUGGCUAGUUGGGCACCGUGUGCCCGCCCUCAUGGGCCCUCCUCUAAGCCAAUGAGGCCUCAUUUGUGCUCUCAAAGGCACGAGGCUUCAUGUUAGUAAGCAAGAUGCUUCUUAAUAACCCACCUUCUGUCCCACUCUGUUACCUGUCCCAUUGUCCCCCUCAGGGGUCAAGGGCAUUCUGGCCCCCAUUUUCUCAUCCUCCCCCUUCCUCUGUACUUGGAGCAAUCUCACCUGUCCCCCAGGAGAUGUGUGUAUUUGUUGUUCGGAUGUAAACAUUUUAAAUGUUUCAAGUGGAAAGUCCUUGCUUCCCUUAACACAUCAAUAAAGUACAACCCCUCUAAGA